ACGAUCACAUCGUGAAACGUGCUAGUGUGAUAAAUUUUCGUUUCACAUAUCGCAAUUAUAUGAUUUCUCGUUUCUCUUCUUUUGAAAUAACUGAUAAAAAAUAAAGAACCGUGAAGUUGCUGUUAUUAUUUUUUUUUCAUGUAUCGAAGUAUUUGAAAGUGUGGUCCUGGCAUGAGAUAAAUACUGGUGUAGACAAAAUAAUUUCAAAGUUUUACGAGUCCGUUUUUUCUCGCCUUGUUGAACCGGCACACUUAUUGUAAAUCAAAUAAAAACAAGAAAACAUAAACUUAGUUGCAGAAAAGUGGCAAACCAACGAAAAACAAUCAAUAAUAUUAUUUUUUUACGCGUUUCUAUACAAAAACGUAUAAUAAAAAGCAAAGGAUUUUUCAACGAUCUUCGCGCAUUUUUCAUCCCUCUCUAAAAUGAAUUGCUGUUCAUUGUGACGGACGUGGAUAAAUAAAUAUGAUAUUUGAUAUUUAUAAAAAUUUCAUUUAUGAAUUUUGUGAGAUAUUUCACUGGUGCCUUUUUCUGUAACGAAACUAACGAAAAUAUCCGUGGAGUGGUUAAUAAAUUGGUACAAAAUAAUAGCAAUAAUUACAUCUUGAAGAAGUUGCAAAUUCAAUAUAUUUGAACAUUAAGCAUAGCCGAAUAUUCAAGCUAACCAAUUUGAUCUUCAGUCUAAUGAGAACACAGAUAGUUAUUAGUGAUUGUAGCGACGAUAAAAUUGUGUAACAGACCAAAUUGGAAUUCUUGCAACAAAUUACAAUUCAAUGGCAAUGACAGAUAUUAGCAAUCCGAUGGCACAUCAGCUGCCAUUGCACAAUCAUCGUGGCGGCUUAGUACAACCGUCGCUUGUCAUGAACCAUCAUUUGGAUAUGGAUUGCCACGGAAACGACAUUCGAACUAAAAAACAAGAACUCUCCAAUUGUGUUGGUUGCGGCGGUCAAAUCCACGACCAAUAUAUAUUACGUGUAGCACCAGAUUUAGAAUGGCAUGCAGCCUGUUUGAAAUGUCAAGAAUGUCGGCAAUUUCUUGAUGAACGAUGUACGUGCUUCGUUAGAGAUGGAAAAACAUAUUGCAAAAGAGACUAUGUUAGAUUGUUCGGCACUAAAUGUGAUAAAUGUGGAAAUUCGUUUAGUAAAAGUGAUUUCGUGAUGCGAGCCAAAACGAAAAUCUAUCAUAUCGACUGUUUCCGUUGCUCGGCCUGCACAAGACAGUUAGUUCCAGGUGAUGAAUUUGCGUUACGGGAAGGCGGUUCUUUAUACUGCAAAAAUGAUCAUGACAAUUUAGAAAAAUCUGCACAAAGUCGUGUGGCACCAUUAAUUGAGAGCAACAACAAUACACACUUGAACAACAACAAUCAUUCCAGUGAAAUAGGUUCAAUGUCAGAUUCAGGUAGCGAGUCUGGUUCACAUAAAAGCAUCCGCGACAAACGGCAAUCAGGACCAUCGGAUGGUAAACCAACACGCGUUCGAACUGUGCUUAAUGAGAAGCAGCUUCACACCUUAAGGUAAAUAGAUUUUUUAAAC